AUGGUGCAGCUGUUCGAAACGUCGUGCACGUUCGGGUUCCCGUGGACGGCGCAGGUCUUUGCGGUGCUCAACAAGUACCCGAACCCCCUCGCACCCCAUGUCGUCAGCAUCGAUGUCAUCAGUCGCACCAUACUCGACGACGGCACCAUACGUAGCGAGCGGCUGUUAGGGUUGCAGCAGGAUUCGCCCAAGUGGGUCAAUCGGGUCAGUUCACACAAACCACCGAGCAGAAUACUCCCGACCUCGAACACACUCUGUGUGGUGACUCAGAAUCAUACUCGUCCCCUGCUGAACCUCAUGGGCGACUCGUACAGAUGCUCGGGUCACAAGACACGACCUAUUGCCGCGAGGUGUCGUUCGUCGUACCUUCCUCCCUUGUAAAUCCUGCCGUCUCCUCGACCGACGCGACCUCUACAUGCCACCUCGAGCCGCCCAAACUCCUCAUGGCCUCGACCAACCUCACCCUAUCGCACAUCAUGCAGUGCCGCGAAUCCAUCUCCUACCUCCCACUACCAUGGCCACACGUACCCGAAAAGACCGUAGCACAACUCGCGCCAUCCUUACUCUCCUCGACCCCAACACCCUCAACCCCUUCCUCCACAACAGACCCAACAUCCCGCCAUCCCCUCAGCCAUCCUUCCUUACCCCCUUCGACACUCUUUUCCCAAUCCGCCCUCAUUUUCACCACCGGCAAACUCGCCGCCGAAUCUUACCCACCAAUAGGAAUAUCCGCCCACUCACCCAUCAAACCCUGCUCCUUCCCAUCGGCUUCAACGUUCCCACAACGAGCGGCAGGAAAAAAGAUUGAACAAUGGGCGCAGGGGAGGUUCGAGAUGAAUGCCGAUGGGGGGAGAGGCGCAAUGGAGUGGGCCGCCAAAAAGUUUUGGCAGCAAGAGUGGGACAACGUCUCGGCUGCACCGGCGGGGGCGUCGUAUUAG